AUGUUGUCAGUGUUACUAGGCGUUGUUGUUUUAGUACUUACUAUAGCCGUAUAUCUGAAGGGAAUAUACAAUCAGUACUAUUGGAAGAAACGUGGCGUAGCCUUUUACGAUAAACACAAGACAGGGGGACCUCUAUGGCAGUUUGCAAUCGAAGAUCGAUCAUUUUUCCAAAUACUUAACGACAUAUACUGGAAUUACGAAAAAGAACCAGCUGUUGGCCUGGGUUCAUUUCACGACCUGGGACUGUACGUUAAGGAUCCAACAAAUAUGCAGUAUAUAGCACAAGUUGAUUUCCAUUCGUUCAAUAAUAGAGGGAUCGCGUUUACCGAAGAGGAUGUUUUGGCACACAAUGUCCUAAUGCUCAACGGUCCAAAAUGGAAGCUGGUCAGGCAGAAAGUCACACCAAUUUUCACAACAGCUAAGCUUAAAAAUAUGUUUUACAUAAUCGACAAAAGCGCUCAAGAUUUUAUAGAGUAUUUAAGAGAGAAUCCAGACAAGUUGAAAGGAGAUCUAUUUGACACUUUGGGAAAUUACUGCAAUGCUGCUAUUGCAGCUGCUGUAUUUGGAAUCCAUACACGCUCAAUCUUUGAUUCUCCAUUCCGUAUUAUGGCUAAGGAGGUUCUAACGCCUACCUUCUUCACCAAUUUGAAAUUCGCUAUAAAUGGUGUAAGUGAAUCACUCUUUAACUUAUUGAAGCUCAAGUUGUUUAAAACGGAAAAAGAAAAAUUUUUCAUUGCUGCCAUCAAACAAGCGAUUAGACAACGAGAAAAAGAAAAUCUUAAGAGGCACGACUUUAUAGAUAUAUGUGUAGAACUUCAGAAGAAUGGGACAAUGGUAGACCCAGAUAAUGGGUACACGUUGGAUCCGACAGAUGAGCUGAUGGCCGCCCAGGCUUACUUCUUCUUCUUGGCAGGUACCGACCCUACAAUAGCUGGAAUCUUUGGAACUUUAAUGGAAUUGGGAAGACAUCCAGAAAUCUUGAAAAAGUCUCACGAGGAUGUAGAUAGUGUUCUUGAGAAAUAUAAUGGUCAACUAACAUACGAUGCAGUUGGAGAAGUGAAGUAUUUGGACAAUGUUUUGAGUGAGGUCUUUAGGUUGCACCCUCCGAUUGCUUUUGUGACCAGGAAGUGUGAACAGGAUAGUGUUUUGCCUGUUGGAAAUAUUCCUGUUGAGAAAGGUGUGAAGAUAUAUAUGCCGAUUUUCGAAUUGCAUCAUGAUCCAAAUUAUUUUCCUGACCCUGAGAAAUUUGAUCCUGAUCGCUUUAUAAGGGGAGAGAUAGAUGAAGCGACUUAUAUACCUUUUGGUAAGGGACGUCGAUAUUGCAUUGGGGCAAGGUACGCCAAGAUUCAAAUCAUGACGGUGUUAAUUCAUCUUUUAAGACAUUAUACCGUCCGAACAUUUGUGAGGAAAGGAGGCGUGCAGUACAACAAGGAGCAGUUUCAAGUGCGUUUGAGAAAUUGUGAUGUUGAAUUAGUGCCUAGAAAAUUGUGA